AAAUCUGCUUUACUUGAAUUUAUCAAAUUUAUUCAUAGUCUAAUAGAAAAGAAUUUCAACUCUCGUUUCACGAGAAUUAGGAAGUUAUUUCCAGAGUUUGAUGUUGGUGAGUUCCUGUAUCCUGUGCCACUUUUUAGCAUUUUCUACAGUGCGCACGGCUUCUUAUCCUUCACCAUCCCAUUCCUCUUCUCUUUCCCUGCCACUGAACCCAAACAAACAAGCGCUGUCGUUGGAUCUCACACAACCCGAUUCUCGUGCUUUUAUGGAUUUGCGUCGCCAAGAGAGUUUGUGAUUUUCAUCUUGCGAAGCGCCUUGCGGAUCUGUGAUCGGAAUACAGGAUCGUUUCAAUGGCUGGGAGUAACGAGCUUAACCCCAACGAUUCUAAGAUGGUGGUUCCGCUGAAUAUGUGGGUUCUGAUCUCAAAUUUCAAGUUGGCAUACAAUCUUCUCCGUCGCCCUGAUGGUACUUUCAACCGGGACUUAGCAGAGUUCCUUGAUCGGAAAGUUCCAGCCAAUGCGAACCCUGUGGACGGAGUGUUCUCAUUUGAUGUCAUUGUUGACCGUGAAACCAAUCUUCUGACUCGAAUCUAUCGUCUUGCUGAGGGAGAAGAACGUUCCGUGAACAUUCUUGACCUUGAGAAGCCCGUGAACUCUGAGGUUGUUCCUGUCAUCAUAUUCUUCCAUGGUGGAAGUUUUGCGCAUUCUUCAGCCAAUAGUGCUAUAUAUGACACACUGUGUCGUCGCCUGGUGGGUAUCUGUAAGGCUGUUGUGGUGUCUGUGAACUAUAGGCGUGCACCUGAGAAUAGGUAUCCCUGUGCAUAUGAUGAUGGGUGGACAGCUCUUAAGUGGGUUAGUUCUACAUCUUGGCUUCAGAGUAGGAAGGAUAAGAAAGUUCAUAUCUACAUGGCUGGGGAUAGCUCGGGUGGGAACAUUGUGCACCAUGUUGCCCUCAAAGCCAUGGAGUCGGGAAUUGAAGUGUUUGGGAAUAUACUGCUCAACCCAUUGUUUGGCGGGCAAGAAAGAACAGAGUCCGAGAAGCGUUUAGAUGGGAGGUAUUUUGUUGGAGUUAAGGAUCGAGACUGGUAUUGGAGGGCUUUUCUUCCUGAAGGGGAAGAUAGAGACCACCAUGCAUGCAACCCGUUUGGCCCCAAGGGCAAAAGCCUUGAAGGGAUAACCUUUCCCAAGAGCCUUGUGGUGGUUGCUGGUUUAGACCUUGUUCAGGACUGGCAGUUGGGUUAUGCAAAAGGGCUUGAGAAGGCUGGCCAAGAAGUGAAAUUGCUAUUCCUGGAGCAAGCAACCGUUGGGUUUUAUUUGCUGCCAAACAAUGAGCACUUCUCUCCUGUUAUGGAUGAGAUAAAAUAUUUUGUCGGCUCUGACUGUUGAUAGGCUUAACUUUUGCUAUAAUACACAACAAGUGGGCGUUAGAAGAUUGUGUAGGAAAUAGGUAUGUUACUACUUAACCUUUUUUUUUUGUUUGCUUUUUGGGUUCUUUACUGUAGGACUUUGCUCCCGCUAUUAGGUACUUACAUGCUACUAAAUGUGUCGUGAGAUUUGGUGUAAUCAGCAUAUAGCUGUGUGAUGUUUUUCCUGAGCACAUAAUGAGGAAAUUGGGUGCUGCGGAUAGGUGAAAGCUUUUUAGGACAAAGGGAGCUCAGGUCAUGUUUAUGGGAACCACCAAAGUUGUGAUUACCCACUCUGACUUCUAGCCAAAAAGGAGAGGAAGGCCUUAUUCUAUUUCUGGGCGUGACCUUGAUGCCAAUCAGGUGGGGCUUGUCGUUGUCUGGCUAGUGUUAUAUAUAUAUAUAUAUAAAAAACUAAUUUUGGAACUAGGAUAGGAAAAUAUCAAUGAUAUGUUGGUGCUGUUAGGUUAUAUACGUCUGUGCUAUCUUCAUAUGAGUGUUUUAAGACUGUUCACUCUUUCUCUAUAUAGCUAAUUUUACAUUCCCAUGUCUUGGGUUGGGUUUGUCCUUGUUUGACGAUGGAGACUCCUUGCAAAUGUAAUGGAUGUCUUUUCCGCAGCAAUGCUUAGGGUUUGUAUUAUGUUUGCUUCUGUAUAUAUAGAUAUUUUGCAGCUUUUUCUUAUGCAUUAUUAUGGGUUAAAUUUCUGCUUCAA